AUGGCUUCCGGUGGUCAUCCUGAGGGUGCCGCGCUGGUCACCAGACAUGACCAGCUGGCUGGCAGUCUGGCUAGGCUGCAGAGACUGGCAGCGAGCAGGCAUUCCGCGCUCAUGGAGAGUGUGUGCAGACAUGAAUAUCUGGCUGAGAGCGCUGAGCUGGAGGAAUGGGUUGCGGAGCAGCAAGCAGCCGCCUCCAGUGAAGACUACGGACAGUACUAUGAACACUUACUGAUCCUUAGGUCCAAGUUCGAAGAGCUCCGUCACCGUGUAGAGAGUGGGGCGGAGAGGUUCAACCAGUGUGAGGAGCUGGCCAAGAAGCUGGUCGCCUCAGACAGCCCAUACAUCGCUGACAUUGAAAAGAGACAGGAAGUGCUCGGCUCCGUGACGUCAUCUCGUGGUCGUCAUCCCUCCGCAGCGAGAUGUCGUCCCCAGCUGCCGCAGGCUCAGCAGCAGCUGAGGGCGGAGAAAGAGGCGCGCGACGACUGUUUCCAGGACGUACUGGCCAGGGGGCAGAGGUUACUGGAUGAGGAACGUCCCAGCUCAGCGGAGAUCGAGGAGCAUUGCCGCGCGGUAGGUGGCGUUGGAGCAGCUGAUCGACUGGCGCUGCUUCCUGAGAGACGAUAA